GCCUAAAUAAAGUAGAACUUGUUCGGACUUGACGACUCAUGACUGACGCUAAGGAAAAAACUUUUUUUUUUUAAAAACUACAAAUUCAUAUAGUCAAUAGUACUGCAAGUGUACAAAGAAUAAUUGCUUACAUGAACAAUUAGGAUGAAGCUUUAUUAAUGACAAAUAAAGUAAUUGUUAGGCUAAACUAAACGAAGUGUCUACACGUCCGGCGCGUGUUUAAUAGUAUUAAAAGUAAAGACACUGUUACAGUUACAGUGUAAGUAAAGCAAAAAGUCAUCUAUUUUAUAUUAUUUUCUAUCACAGAGCUCAGCAACCUUUUGGCACACCCCAGUCCUUUCCUAGAAUUUUGUGUUACACCACAAGUAAAAUCAUGCAAAAUUAUACUAAAUAACAUCAUGUAGUUAACAUUUAUAAUAUCAUGUAAUGUAAUGUAAAUGUAAUACUGAAACUGUUAUUACUGGACUCAUCUCUGUUACCACAGAGUUGGACCACUUAGGAACAGGCUAACCAAUGUCCCUUUUCUAGGAACAUGGUUUUAUUAUUGUUGCCUAAAAUCCUCUACUCAAAUCCUCUAGUAUUAAGUAGUAUGCUGCUGCACAGUGUUGUGCUGUGACACAUUGUUUGCGGAACUCUACUCUGUCAGAUAGACAAAAUCCAGCAAUUAACCAUGGCCUUUUUGUUUAUACCCAGGGGAGCCAACCUAAAUGGCUUCAUGUGCCAUUUCGUUCAACUCUUUGCACAACACAUAUUAUUAAACUUAAUUAAGAAAAUAAAUACAAAAAUAAAUGAUGUAGGCAAGUAUUUAUUUAUUUUCAAUCCACAUAAUUAUAAGAUGAAGAAACAUCUUCUCAGGUGACCACACACGUAAAUACAUUUUAAUAGAUUUGAAUAGAAAUAUAUCUCUUUAAUUUAUUUAAAUACAUUCCUGUAUUGUAGAUUAAAAAGAUACUGUUAUUGCACAUUUUUGAUUGACAAAGGUGGGAUGGGGGAGCAGAAAUUUAGGCUGCCCACCAACAUCUCCUGAGCAAAGUAAGGGGAGCGGUCUGGGGAGGGGGUGUGGGCCACCUUUUGUUUCCAUAAACCACAAUGUUGUCUUUCAAUACACUAUUAUGUUCUGUUCUGCCCCCUCCUUUUUACCACACAUGCCUGCCUAUUUAAUUGCAUACUACCUUUUGCUGUAUUAAGGUUAUUUAAGGUUAUUUACCACCUGACCCACAUACUGCUAAAGUUUACCAAUGCUCUCUAGAGCAGCUUUUCCCAAAAUUUUAAGUUUGGCAGACUGGUGGAUAAUUUUUGAAAUUGCAUUGCACCACGGACUGGUUACAGAUUUAUUAAUUACUGGUAUAUUUUCUUUUUAUUUGACCAUAAAUAUUCAUGUUGUUCAGACCAGCAACAUUUGGCUCAUGGACAGGUGCCGAUCAGCAGACCACCAUUUUGGGAAUGCUGCGCUAGAGUAUUGUACUCUUCUUUUUUAAGGAAUCAACAUUGUUUUAUCUUCUUUCAUUACAAGAUCAGGCGAUGUGAAGUUGAUAAGCACGCUUAGAUGAUGAAAUUAUCAAAUAUACCCAAAAUAUAUAUAUUCAAACUGGUGCAGAAAGUAAUAUUGAUGAUCCUACGAAGAUGACUCAGUACUUGACUUCAAAAGUAGUAUUAGGGUAUCAGCACUUGAUGCCUAUAGGAGAUGACAUUGUUCAAAUUUUUGCUAGCAGCAGAGUGUUACAUUGUAAACGUGCUGCUACAUAAGAGUCGAAAUGGUCAAAUUAUUUUUUUUUUAACCUCUUGGUUAUUACACACACCAUUUAAAUUGUUUUCCCUUGUAAUUCUGGAAAACUAGUAAAUUUAUUCCAUGGUUGAUUUUUAAAAAAAAUCAUGUUUCUUUAUUUUAACAGUCAAUCAUGCCACUAGGACUAUUUCAAAAUAAAUUUUCCCCCAAGAAAACACCACCAAGACGAGCUCAGUCCUUGUCUAACCUUCAUUUGGAUGCGUCAGAGUCAAAAGCAGAGUUUGGUCUUGAUUAUGGUGCAGUUAAAGUCAGUUUAGGUGGCAAUGAAGUUGCUUUUGAAAAUGGCAUGUGGAUAAAUGGUGAGUUAUCACUCUUAUGAAGCAUCAACAAUUAUUUCUCUUCUUUUUCGAUAGUCCAUCUGUAAUAGGGGUAGAUGAAUCACUGGUUACGUGAUAUGUUGUCCACCCAUUCCUAUCACUAAAGUUUUUUGUGUGUCCCAAGCAACUUUACAAGUUAUUGCCCUUUUCACCAAUUGCUGAAGCAUGCUCACUUAGGGUGCCUAGCAACAUAACCCCUUAAAACAUUACUGCUUAAGUUUACAUUACUCUCAUGAGAAUAAAAAUCUUCCCUUUGAAAAAAAUUCAGUUUUUAUUUCUUUCAUUACCAAGUCCCAAGAGUUAGGAGUUCAGCGAAAUUCGAAGUUUACUCGCAAGCUUCGUUGAUGAAGCUAUUGAACAGAGUGAUGUAGAAUCUGUUAAAGUUAUGCAGAGAGUGAUAUUGUUAAUCCUAUGAUUGAAUAUAGCACUAACACUUUAAUCAACCUUAAAAUUUUUAUUUGUACAUCUGUAAUUGAAGCUGGCAGUGGACAGUGGCCAUGGUGAUGACAGGAAAAUAUGAAAAAUAUUAUGAUAUUCAACAUCGCAUAUAUUAUAACUGAAAGGUUCUUCUUUAAAUAACGGCAUUUUUAUCAGAAUUAUUCAGUUUUAUGGUUUAAAAGGGGGGGGGUUGUAAAAGAAAUGAAAUUUUUCUAACUGGAGUUAUGUCCCAUUGUUGGGGGUGCGGUGGUGGGUGGGGGUGGAGAAUAGUUUAAAUCAAAAGUAGAUUAUACUUAAACUGUUAAAUUUCAAAUAAAGAGGUUGCUUCACCAUCAUCAUCAUGUCCCUUAGUCCUUGGCCCAUUGGGGUGCCACAGAUGACAUGUGAACUAUCCUCCAUUCGUCUCUGUCUUCUGCACUACAGUGUUAGUCCUAUUCACUCUUUGAUGUUAUCCUCCCAUCUUUUUCUUUGUCUUCCUCUUCUUCUCCCUCCUCUUUUGGUGCCCUGCAAUAUUUCUUUGGCAAGCCCUUGUUUCCUUGUUACGUGGCUGUACCAUAGUAGUUUGCAUUUUUUCACAGUCACCAGUAGGUCAUCGUACUCCCCAAUUACCUGGCGAACCCUUUCUUUCACUGUAUCAUUGGAGAUAUGGUCCCUAUAGCAGAUGCCAAAAAUCCUUCUGAAGCAUCUAAGGUUGCUUACCUUAUACUUGAACUGUUAAAUUUCAAAUAAAGAGGUUGCUUACCUUAUACUUGAACUGUUAAAUUUCAAAUAAAGAGGUUGCUUACCUCUCUCUCUUUCUACAUCAGUGAAUUGAACUGAAAAAAAGAACCUGAACACAUUCAAUACAAGUAAAUUAAUGGCAGUGUUUGACCAAAGUGGCUCUUCUCAAGACCUAACUGUACAUUUACUUGAAGUUGACCUAAAAGCAGUGUGUCAAAAUUCUUAUUUAACUUAAAUGUCAGUGUAAUGUUACUAGCCACUGUUUUAUUACUAGUAUUAUUUUCAUCUUUCAUUAAACUCAUUCGUACAGAUGCAUAGAUUGUCUAAUGCCACAUUAAAUUUGGACUUUUCCAGAAACAGCUGGAGGUGCCGCAAGCCAUAAGGAAGUGACUAAAUUGAGAAAGGCAAAUCAGACUUUGCAUGAAGAAAAUAAUUUGCUCAAAUUAAAAAUUGACAUUCUCUUAGACAUGGUAACGUUGCACCUUUGUUAUUUGAAGAAGGCUUAAAAUUAAAAACUUGUAUUAAGCACUGUUUUAAGAAUAAUAUUUUUUUAGUUGGAGCGACUGAGAUGGAAAUAAUAUGAAAAAGAUUUAAUGAGAACUAUUAACAUCUUUGUUUUAGUAAAUAAAAAAAAAGAAUAAUUGUAGAGGUACAGGAAAACAAAUUGCAGGAAAUUAUCUUAAUGCCUUUUAAUUUUUUCUGUUAUGUUCUUACAUUUGCUAAUGACUUUAGAUGUCUACUAAAUUAAUUGAGUACCCUGUACCCAAAGUCUGUGUGUAACUGCAGUUAAAUUUUUUUUGGAUAAAUUAAUGACCAACUUAUGCAAUUUACCCUGCCUGGGGCAUAUGCUGCCUUAAAGUGUUUUUCAUUCAUCUCGGUCCUGUGCUGUCCUUUCCAGGUGUAUUCUAUCCUUUGGGUUUUUCAGUCCAAGCUAUUAAAGGCUUUUUUUGUAUUAAAUGAAGAUUAUAUUAUUCAUAAUGUAGGACGGAAUUCCAUUCAAAAAGACAAUGGUGUACCGGUCGCAAUUUGGUCUGCACACUAUCUCUCUUGGCGAAAGUCAACCUGUUGAUCUCAAAGCUUUGUCUCAACCCGAUCUUCUCUUCAGUUCAGCAUAAUUGAAGACCUGACAGCAGUGUAAAUUCUCUGUAAUAUGCUCAUUUGCAUAAUCUCAUUUCUUUGGUAUCUUGAUGUGGUAUCCUUCCCGAACUUUUGGUACUCUCUCUCUUCUUCCCAUAUAUUUUCCAACAGAGGGUAUACCACCAUGUUAACUUUUUAAAUAUCUAAGAUAUUUUCCUCUUUUUCAGCUUGCUGAAACAUCUGCUGUAUCACAUUUUCAUGAAAAUGAAGUCAAGCAGUUACGAGAAACAAGGCAAGCUGCAAAGAAGAGAUAGAUGAAUGGUCUGAACUUGAAAGCAUUUAAUCAUCAUUAACUGUUAUCAUUAGUCUAUUUUCUGACACCUUAAAUGAGCAGGGGAAGGAUUAUAAAAAAAAAUUUUUUGUCAAUAACUAAAAUAUAAAUAUUUCAGACACUGUAGGCCUAAGAAAGCUUAGUUCAAUUUACUUACUAAUAUUUUUUUAAUGAUUAUUCAUACUGAUGGGAAAGUUAGAGCUUUUGAGUGGAGUUUCAUGUUCCCACAUGUAUUAGCAAUUAAUGAGCUAAUUUAAGAAUGAUCACGUACAAAAGUCUGCAGAGCUUCACAUAAAUUAUAACAAGAAAAUCAGUGUAUUUAUGUCACCAGGAGAAAUAAGACAAUUCAAGGAGGCACUUUUAAAAAAGUUGACAUAGAAAUUUUUGUUGGCACAAACCAAAAAAUAAGAAGCAGCGGUGGUUGGCUCACUUUUGGUCUUACAGGUGACCGACCUCUCAUGGUUUGAUAACUGCCAUAACACUAAUGUAAAUACAAGUGAAUUUAAUUUCACUAAUGACAAUGGGUGUUGCCAAUUAUAGGUUAGACAGGGGCGAUGUGCGUAAAUGGGACAAACAUCUCUAAACAGUUUCACAGAAUGACAUCUGUGUUGCAUUGCCAGCAAAUGAAAAUCAGUAGAAGUGCUACACACAUUUCCAGUAUACUGGUAGCGCAUUCUUUGACAUUUAUAAACAUUUAAGAUUUAAAUGUAUUUUGAGAUUGCAGGCUUUAUUGGUGUGGUGGAUUGCACAGGCCCGGCUGGGGCACAGUUUGCAGACCCCCGCCUUAAAUAAGAGGCCUCAUCGAAAAAAUUGGUAUAUAAUAAUUAUGUUAAUUUAAAGCACCAUUUUAUUCAGCUAAGCUCAUUUUUAAAAGCAAACUUAAAGAAUUUUGAAAUCAAUUUUAAUUUGUUUAAUUAAAUUCAAACAUAACUUAAUUUUUAAAAAUAAUUUUACUAGCUUGAAUGUCUGUCCAAUCCACUGAUAUUUUUAUUGAAACGUUUUUGACAUUUAUUCAUAUUUAAAUAUUGGAAAGAACACUAUAAUUUUACUAAAUAUAUAAUAUCAUAUUUGGAAUUGGCAUAAGUGCAAGAGAUAAUGAAAUGUGUUUUACGCUGAAUGAAAAAUGGAACUGCAUGUGGUUGUUUUAUUUAAUAUAAUUUAAUUCUAUGAUAUUCAUGUGUUUUUUAAAAAUAGUAUACGUGUAAAUAAACCAUUUUAAACAUU